CGCGAACAAUGUCCAGUGAUUGUGGACAUAUAGUUUGAACAAUGUCCAGUGGCGUAGUGAAAAAAAGAAUGAUGAUGGGGGGAGGUGGGGGUGAUGGGUCGUCGUCGUCGGUAUCGGAAUUGCCGCCGGGGUUUCGGUUUCACCCGACGGAUGAAGAACUGGUGGCGUACUAUCUGAAACGGAAGAUCAACGGCCGGUUUAUAGAGCUCGACGUCAUCCCUGAAGUUGAUCUCUACAAAUGUGAGCCAUGGGAGUUGCCUGGGAAGGCAUUGUUGGCGAGCAAAGACCUAGAGUGGUAUUUCUUCAGUCCACGAGACCGGAAAUACCCGAACGGGUCAAGGACGAACCGGGCAACGAAGGCCGGGUACUGGAAGGCGACCGGGAAGGACAGGAAAGUAAAUUCAGAAAUGAGGGCGGUGGGGAUGAAGAAAACCCUAGUCUAUCACAGAGGCAGAGCUCCCCACGGAGCUCGAACCGAUUGGAUCAUGCACGAAUACCGCUUAGAGGAAAGGGAAUGCGAAACCCGGUCGGGCUUACAGGACGCCUACGCCCUCUGCCGCGUCCUAAAGAGAAGCUCAAAUACCUCGGAUAUCGGAGAGACUUACUCCGCCGCCGCCGGAGACGAUCAGGCGUCGAGCUCAUCCUAUGCGAUUCAGCCUCCGCCGCCGCUUUCAGGCGACCUCGGUUUCCCGGCGACGUCGCAGCAGGAUUACUGCUUGGAGGUUCCGGAUUUCGCCCAAUCGGGCUAUGCUCGAUUCGAGAUGCCUCAACCGAGCUGCUGGGACUCCGACGAGGCAAAUCGCCGAACACUUGGUGCGCAUGGUUGCACGUUAAAUGCAUCAGAUUUUAGCGACGAUUUUGCCUUCUUCCCUCAGAACGAGAGAUUUCAAAGCUACAGCUCUUCUGGAUUCACGGAUCAAUGGAAGGAAGAUGGCCAAACGAUCGAGGAAUUCGGCUACGAACUAGGAUGGGAUAGAAUGGGUGAGAACUUGAGAUGGGUAGAAAUGUUAGACAAAUAGACUCUCUAAGAAGGUUAAAACCAAAACAAAACACUUAUUGUACAUC